AUGGCCGGAGUCGGGAGGAACAUGCUGGCGCCGCUGUUGGUGCUCAACCUCAUCAUGUACCUGAUCGUCAUCGGCUUCGCCAGCUGGAACCUCAACCACUUCAUCAAUGGCCAGACCAACUAUCCCGGCGUGGCCGGGAACGGCGCGACGUUCUACUUCCUGGUGUUCGCCGUCCUGGCCGGGGUGGUGGGCGCGGCGUCGAAGCUCGCCGGCGUCCACCACGUGCGCGCGUGGCGCCGCGACAGCCUCGCCACCAACGCCGCCUCGUCGCUCAUCGCCUGGGCCAUCACCGCGCUCGCCUUCGGCCUCGCCUGCAAGGAGAUCCACGUCGGCGGCCACCGCGGCUGGCGCCUCCGCGUGCUCGAGGCCUUCGUCAUCAUCCUCGCCUUCACCCAGCUCCUCUACGUGCUCAUGCUCCACGCCGGCCUCUUCGGUGGCAGCGGCAGCGGCGGCUACCGGGACCACGACUACGGCGUCGGUGCCGGCGCCGCCGCCGCCACCGGCGAGCCCAAGGGGACGGCGAGGGUCUGAUCUCUCGACACACGCUCUACCGUACAUCGCCUUAGGAAACAAUAAACGCAAUGCAUACAUAAAUGUUUCAGUGUGUG